AUGAGAAUUCAGUUAAUACGAUAUCGUUUAGAUUAUUCGAAUGGAUCAUGCAAAGGAUGCCAGAGCGCUUUGCCCUCUAUUGUUCUUGAUGAUUUUUUAUUUCUUGGAAAUCUUCAAAAUGCAUUAAACUGUGAGUUAUUAGAACAAUUAGGAAUUCAACAUAUUCUCAAUGUUUGUGAUUUUGGAUUAUCAGAAAAAAUACAUCAGAAAUUUAAUGUUAUUGAAAUACCACUAAUGGAUGCAAUCCAUGUUGAUAUUAAACAACAUUUUGAUCGCACAAAUACAUUGUUACAUAGUAUUUAUUUGAAAAAAGAACGUUGUCUUGUACAUUGUGCUGCUGGUGUCUCACGAUCAGCAACAAUUGUUCUUGCAUAUUUAAUGAAAUAUCAUCAUGAAACACUUGAACUUGCAUUUAGUUCAUUAAUGGUUAAACGACCACAAAUAUUUCCAAAUGAAGGUUUUCUUUUACAAUUGGUACGGUAUGAAAACGAAUUAAUGAAAUCGAAAGAAAUUGAUCAGAAUGAAGUAAGUUCUCAUAUUAAUAGUGAUGAUAGACAAAACGCAUAUGAUGCAAUCGUCGAUGAUAAAGUUGAUAAUAAUCCUAUUGAAACACUAAACGAAUUUAAAGAAAAACAUGAUAUUCAUACAACAACAACGAUAUCCAAUAACGAACUUUAA